AUGGGGUUCAAAGAGUUUCGGGAAGUUCUACAGUCUGUUAUUGGUCCAGAUGUUGAGGGUGCUUGGGUUGAGAGGUUCUUCAGUGAGGUAGAUAUCUGCUGUACAGGACAGAUAAAGUGGCAGCAGCUGUGUUCAUACCUGCUUCUUGAAUACACAGAGAGAGAGAGUGCUUCCAUCCCCAGAGCUGCUCUUUUGGACUCAAAGCUACAAAUCAGACACUGCUCUCACAACAAGCGGGAGCCAACAGUGCGUGUGGUUGCUGUUUCCCAUCCUCCUCCACUCCGCUAUAUUAGUGUCACAUGGUACUGUUCAAGUAUAACACACACACACUCUCACUCUUUUUACAAUAAUCUGCAGCUUGCCGGAGACCCAACAGAGGAAGUAGCCAACACAAGGCGGUUCAGAGGCUGGACCACUGAUGCUGUCUACAUGAGCAAUGUCCACAAGGUUGCCAUAUCAACUGACUGCAGGGACCUGCAUUUUGUAGAUGUCUCCACAACAAGUGUAUUUGAAGAUGUCCACCUGUUUGGGUUUCGGAGUGUGCCGACUGCACUUUGUUACUGGCAUGAUAUUCAGUUUCCAGAGCGACCACCUUUACUGCUACUAGGGGAUGAAAAAGGAGGAAUCCACCUGAUGUGGUUCCUGAACUCAUCUAAAGGGCUUUUUAAGAAUCCCACCAAGAAGGAGAACGGGCCACAGAGGAUCUUCUUCCCGGACCUUGGUGAACACUCCAGCAUGGUGUCCUUCCGUUACAUCCCCAACAUCCACCAGGAACCAGUCAACAGACUGAUGUUCGAGCCCAGUACCAACGUCAUCAUGUCAUCAUCAGAGAGUGACAACACCUCUGUGGUCUUUAUGAGCGUGUCACUGAAGCAGGAGCCUUACAUCUGGAAAUUUAAGCAGGGGGCCAAAUGUUUUGACUACAACGCAUCUCUGCAGUUGAUGGUCACAGGUGGUUGUGACCGAAUGGUUAGACUGUGGACCCGUUUCGUGACUACAAGUCCUGUCGCUACGCUGGUGGGUCACCGCACCGCUGUGUUGGAUAUUGCAAUUUAUCAAGUCGUUGGGCAGAUCUUCAGCUACUCCAGAGAUGCUGAGCUGAGGGUUUGGGACAUUUCCACCCAUCACUGUCUGAAAACUAUCGGCCUGCCGUUCCCCUGCCUGCAGCCAGGCCGAAUCCCAGAGCAUGGCAACUUCCCUUUCCUGCUGCUCAGCCCUCCUCUUCCUGAACAGACUCAGCCUCAUUUAGUGGUGGGAUGUAAGGAUUAUCUGGCACUGCUUGAUCUAGUUGAAAGACAGAGGGGAGGGGGAGGAUGGUUGACAGAUGAAGCAAGGGAACUUGAGCCAAAGAUCCUCAAUGGUCCAGCACUGUCCUGUGCACUAUACAACCCCACCCUGAGACAGGUGGUGACUGGACAUGCAGACUCAUCAGUGUCUCUGUGGGAUGUUGGGACAGGGAGGAGACGGCUUCAAAUCUGCAAUGUUCAUGGAGAAGAUGAACUCACCUGCAUGGCACUGGACUCCUCCCACAGAAGACUGAUCACUGGGGCCUGCAACGGCACUAUUAAGGUGUGGAGCUUACUUAACGGCCUUAACCUGCACAAACUGGAGCCUGUCACCAAUUCUGAAGUUACAGCGGUGACUUGUCUUCAUGGCAACCAGCUGCUGGCUGUGGGGUGGAGCCGACAAAUCGCUCAGUACAACAUUACUGGUGCCAAGGAUUUGUAUGUGAGAGCAGAUAUGUCAUGGAAAUCCAACGGCGUCCACAAAUCUGACAUCCUGGCUGUGGGUCAGUGUUCUUCCUUGGGGGUCAUUGCCACAGCGAGCCAUGACGGAGAGGUCAUUAUCUGGAGGUUGGAGACACAAGGACCACUGCUCCACCUACACAGAGAGACACAGGCAGGAGCGGCGCUUCGUGUGGACAGCCUCUUGUUCCUGCAGCAUCGUGCUGGAAACAGGACAUAUAGAAACAGAGGUGUCCUGGUGUCAUCACAGGCCGGCUGUCUCUGCUUUUGGAGCAUCACUGGACAGGCACACAUUCAUGGCCAGUUCUAUGCUCCAGAGCAGCCGGGUGAGCGUGUGCUGAGUCUGAGCUCAGAUCAGCUUAAAAACACCAUCCUGGUCUCAGGAGACACAACAGGCCAGCUUCAGAUCUGGGACAUCUCUCAUUAUGCUUUGGACAUCCAACACGAGCCAGUUUGUGAAUGUCCUCCUUUGCUGCACUGUUGGAAGGCUCAUAAGAGGGCUUUGGUAAGUGUAGAAGUCCUCGAGGUGGCAGACAGACUGUUUGUCCUCACAGGUUCAGCUGAUGGCUCUGCUGGACUUUGGACAAAUGAAGGAGAUCAUGUGGGUUCUUUUGGGCAACAAGCGAUGUGGAGUAUCUUUGACCCAGCUACAUACCAGAGAGAGACACAGAGUAACCGCAGAGAGGACACUGUAGAGAGGGCUGAAAGUGAUGAAGUGGGAUCCAACAAGGUCAAAAGUAAAGCACCUGACCUCACCAGCUGUGGCAAGAUUUUACAGGAAGAAUGCUGUUCUCAAGCUUCGUCUGCCAGCACAGUAGAGAGUGACCUCCACCAGCCUCAGCAGCCCAUGGUAACCUGCAAACACACAAUAACACAUACACAAACAUAUUUGUCUUUCUCAUCUCAUUUGUCUUCUUUCUUUCCUUCCAUGCACGCACAUCCAUCUAACCAUUAACUGUGCAUCAGUAUUUGUGCGAGGACUUCCGCCAGACAGUAGCUGCAUGUUGUCAGAGGAGAUGUCUGUUUGAUGACAUUGACCACUGCGAUCACUGUUGAGGAUUAAGACACAGGUUCUGCAGGUGAGUUUCA